UGUACCGCCAGUUCACCACCACCGUGCAGGUCGUCAUCUUCAUAGGCUCGCUGCUCGGAGCAGGACUCCAUUUGGAGAAGAGACGUCCCUGACCUGAGACCUCUCAUGUGUGAUUUGGGUCAAGACUGGACAUUCUGAGAAGGAGCAGAUCUUGCAGCGGCUCCUGCCCUCCCUGCUAGGGAGACAGGGCUUUAGUGAAGUUGCUGAAUCCAGACGACAGUGAGGAGGAGGGAGACAAGUCGUGUGUCCUACAGGCCCCAGGAGAGAGCUCUGAGUUUGCCACAACCGCCCAAACGCCAUGGUCCCAGGAAACUUCAUGGUGUUAUGGUCAACUUGCCGCACAACCGUGUUCAAAUCUGUCACCAACAGGUUCAUUAAAAACCUGGCCUGCUCGGGGAUUUGUGCCAGCCUGGUCUGCGUGCCCUUCGACAUCAUCCUCAGCACCGGUCCUCACUGUUGCUGGUGGAUCUACACCAUGCUCUUCUGCAAGGUCGUCAAGUUUUUGCACAAAGUCUUCUGCUCUGUGACUAUCCUCAGUUUCCCUGCCAUUGCCUUGGACAGGUACUACUCAGUCCUCUAUCCGCUGGAGAGAAAAAUAUCUGAUGCCAAGUCCCGUGAACUGGUGAUGUACAUCUGGGCCCAUGCAGUGGUGGCCAGCGUCCCUGUAUUUGCAGUGACCAAUGUGGCUGACAUCUAUGCCAUGUCCACCUGCACUGAAGUCUGGAGCAACUCCUUGGGCCACCUGGUGUAUGUUCUGAUCUAUAACAUCACCACGGUCAUUGUGCCUGUGGCUGUGGUGUUCCUCUUCUUGAUACUGAUCCGACGGGCCCUGAGUGCCAGCCAGAAGAAGAAGGUCAUCAUAGCAGCGCUCCGGACCCCACAGAACACCAUCUCUAUCCCCUAUGCCUCCCAGCGGGAGGCCGAGCUGCACGCCACCCUGCUCUCCAUGGUGACGGUCUUCAUCUUAUGUAGCGUGCCCUACGCCACCCUGGUCGUCUACCAGACUGUGCUCAAUGUCCCCGACACUUCCAUCUUCUUGCUGCUCACUGCCAUUUGGCUGCCCAAAGUCUCUCUGCUGGCAAACCCUCUUCUCUUUCUUACUGUGAACAAAUCUGUCCGCAAGUGCUUGGUAGGGACCUUGGUACAACUGCACCACCGGUACAGUCGCCGAAAUGUGGUGAGUACACGGAGUGGCAUGGCUGACUCCAGCCUGGAGCCCAGCAUGCGCUCAGGCAGCCAGCUCCUGGAGAUGUUCCACAUUGGGCAGCAGCAGAUCUUUAAGCCCACAGAGGAUGAGGAAGAGAGUGAAGCCAAGUACAUUGGCUCAGCUGACCUCCAGGCCAAGGAGAUACUUACUACCUGCCUGGAGGGGGAGCAGGGGCCACAGUUUGCACCCCCUGCCCCACCCCCGGGCACAGUGGACGCUACAUCCCAGGUGGCAUCAGCAGCCCCUGUGGAACCUGAGACAUUCCCUGGCAAGUAUUCCCUGCAAUUUGGCUUUGGGCCUUUUGAGUUGCCUCCUCAGUGGCUCUCAGAGACCCGAAACAGUAAGAAGCGGCUGCUUCCCCCCUUGGGUAACACCCCAGAGGAGCUGAUUCAGACAAAGAUGCCCAAGGUAGGUAGGGUGGAGCGAAAGAUGAGCAGAAACAAUAAAGUGAGCAUUUUUCCAAAGGUGGAUUCCUAGCAAGGGUUAUAAAUCCCUGGAAGCAACAGGGAGCUUCCACCUUCUUGCCCUCCCUUCUCUCUGGCCCUACGAUUUGUGUGAUCUCAUUGCAACCCAGUCUGGAUUGACUCCUCCUGUAUGGGCCAAAUGCUUUUGAAUAAGAGGGAAAUCUAUGUAAAAUCAAAUGUCCUCUUUAUUGAGGGAGUAUCUAUAUUUAUCUCAGUGCUCCAUGUCCUUAGUAAAGUCUACAUUCCUCUCUGUGGAGACAAAAGCUGGGCAGUGUGGAACGAGUCUUGGGGUGGGUCCUCCAUGUGCAUUUUCUGAGGACUCCUCAGUCCUCUGGGCCCAGCAGAGAAUAUAGGGAGAGAAGAACAUCCAUGAGCUCAAAGGGAGCAGUACCACUCUAAAGGGAGCCCAGGAUAAUUAUGGAGCAGCUUGGCCGCAAAGAAAAUGCCUAUGUGAUUGACUUAAAUAUGAUAAAUGCUAAAAAUUUUUAAUAUUGACCUGUCCCUUCAGGGAAGAUAGGGACUUGGCGUUGACGUCUUUUCUCUGGAAGGCCCGAUCAUAUGACUUACAGUUUCUCCCGAUGCCCUUCUUCGUUUGCUUUUGCUAGGAUACAGGUGAGGGAUGAAUGCCUUUUCCACCCCUAUUUGACAGACAUGGCAGUGGAUGUGCCCGGGGGUAAGGGACAUAGUCUGUCCUUGAUUAUCUGACAUUCUCCAGACACCACCAAGGCCUCAGAAAGAUACGUCUGCAGUGUUGGUUGGAAAACACUGUGGAAUCUUUACUAUAUCUUUCCCCCUUAAGUUGUGUUUUUCAAACAAAUGAGAGAGAAGCUUAGAGGUGGAAAAGGCUGAGAAAUGCCCACACACUGUAGUCUUUUCCCACAUGGUCUAACAUGAAAGGUGCUACGUAGCAAUCGGUAGGAGUAAGUUGAAAAAAAUUAUCUUGUGCAAACUUUUGGAAUUAAAAGGUAAUUAAAAAAUGCAAAGUUAGUGUACACGGAGUCCUCUGGAAACAUCCAGCUAAAAAUACUUGAUUAGGAAAGGUGAUUCUGCCCAAAAGAGUGGGACAAGUCUGACAAAGAUGGCUCCCUUUUGGGGACUCCAGAACCCAGGUGUGGCCAGUCUUGUUUUCAGUCUGUUUGUACAACUGUGGUUCUCCCUUCAUUUUGGACAUAAAGGAGGAACAGAGCAGGGAAAAACAAUUAAUGUAAAAUACCAAGGAACCCCUAGCCCAGGUGAGCUCUCCACUCCUCCUUCCCAGUGAAGUUGCAGCAGGAGCCAGAAGAGGGAGGACCAUGUCCUCAGCUGAUUGGUCCCUGGGGACCGUCACGAGCAAUUUGAGUCCACUUUAGGUGGAUUUCACCAGGCUGAAUUCAAACUCCAGAUGACACUUCACUCUUACUGAGGGCAAAUCAGUGCCAGCUCUGCUCUUCUCUCUGGGGCGUUUGUUCUUGUUAAUACACAUAGGGGAGCCAGUCCAGUGCCUUGAGCAAGCUUGAAGGGAAGGGGGCCUUCUCACCGGCACAUGCCCACAUCCUGACGGCAGUGGUCCUCAACGUAUCUUCUCCUGUUACACACUGGCCCUUGUCCCUCGGAGGAAGCUCGGACUAUGUGUAGGGAGUCUCCUUUUCCUUUCCUCUGCUGGGUAUGGUGUCUUGUGAUUCCAGAAUAUGAAUCCAAAGACCCUUCCCCUGCAGAGGGAGCGCCUUCCUCUUUGUGUUUUGUCUCCUUGAAGGGGUGUGUGCUCACAGCAGAAACUGGGACUUCCCCCUUCUCCCGGUGCCCUGCCUCCAGGCCCUUUGUGCAUGCAAUCUGUAGCUCCUUGCCCUGAGAGUUAACAUGUGCCCCUUCACUCUUAUCUUUCAAAAGCUUUACAAUUGUUACAGCUUUCAUCAAGAGGAAACAUAAGCUGUCAGAAAAUUGUGUCCACUUUAGAAGAAUCUGUCAAAUGUAGCCACUUUGGUGUCUUUCUGAUAAUAUAUAUGUACAACUUAAAUUCUGGGCAGAAUUUGGUAGGUAUUUCUUAUGUAUGUUUGAAGCAGAUGGUUGCCUUCUAACAGGUCAUUGCCAGGUGUAUUUCUAUACUCUUUGAAGAAUUACAUUUUAAUAAAAAAUUGAAAAGCAGUUUCUGAACU